AUGGAUGACGUGGACUUCCUUUCUGUCGGAAAGGUCAAAACGCAAAACAAUGGUGACAUUGUUAUUGAAGUCGUGGACAACACAAAGACUGCAAAAGAUAAGAUGAGCGUUAAAGAGUCAACAGUGAUGGAUUAUCUGAACAUUUCAUACACAAAUUCUACAGCUGAUAAUAAGCCGAAUGUUUUCAAAACUGACUUGGUAAAUGACAUUCAAAUGUUGGACCAAAAUACCACCAAUGAUGAGAUUGUUGUAGAGGAAACAACUGUAAUGGAACGUCCACAUAUUUCCCCUACACAUCCCGCGGAUUACACACAGACAAAUGCAGUUAGCCAAGCCGAUUCAUUUAAAGAGAAUUUAAGUACUAUGAGGAAGAUCCCAUGUAUUGUCGACCUAACCAUUCAUCCUUUGGAGAUGAAACUUACUUAUAAGCCUAAAAAAAGGUCUAGCAGCAGCGUGUUAUGUGUUUCGCAACCAAAAGUGAAGAAAAGUAUUGAAGAAGAAAUAAACUCGAAAAAUAACAGCAAACCAUGCACUUCAAAAAGCUUGCGAAAAAGUACAGUUUCUAUUUUGAGUAAUGUUUCUGUUGACUUAAAAUCUAAAACCGAACAAACGAGAUUACCGAAACAAUCAAAAGGAUUAAAGAUGAUUGUGAAACGCGCAUUUACAUGUUACAGUUGCAAUGGUCCUCUCCUCUCGAAUUGCAUUACUAAAUGUAUAUCUUGUUGUAACCGAUUUUGUUUGGCCUGUGCCACGGGAGAAGUCACCAAAGAUUAUAUUUGCGAUAAUUGCCUUAUGUAA